AUGGCCGCCUCCCCCGCCCCGCCCGUGCCGCCCGUGGCCGCGCGCUACGCCCCGCCGCCCGUCGCUCCCGCCCCCGGCCCGCCGCCCGCCCCCGGCCCGCCGCCCGCCCUCGCCCGCCGCCCGUCGCUCCCGUCCCCACCCCCGCACCGGCCGCCCACCCGCACGUCGCCGCCGUGGUCGCUGCGACCCACGUCGGCGCGAGCGGCGGCGUGCGGGGCAUCACCUCGUGCCGGCCGUCGCCCCCGCACCGGCCGUCGCUCCCGCCCCCGCCCCCGCACCGGCCGCACCACCCGCACGUCCCCGGGCACGGACGAAGGUGUCCUCCGGUGGUCCUCGUGCUGCCAAGGCCAAGGCGGCUUCCUCCCGGCGCCGAGGAAGGCCGUGGCCAAGAGGAGGGCCCCGGCAAAGCUGCCGAUGGCCGCCGCCGUGCCGCCCGCCCCGGCCGCCCGGAGGUGUUCGACGAAAUGGCCGCCCGGCCGCCGUCGUGCCGCCCGCCCGGCCGCCGCCGUGCCGCCCGCCCGGCCGCCGCCGCGCCGCCCCGCCCCGGCCGCCGCCGCUGCGCUUCGCCCCGGCCGCCGUGGAGGAGAGGAUGCGGAGGGAGGAGAUGAGGAGGAGGAGGAUGAUGAUGAUGAAGACAUCACAGAGAUACAAGAGGAGGCGUUCACCGCCGUUGCUCGCCCCCCCCCCGUCCGCUCGUCGAACUACACCGACGCGGAAGAUAUACUCUUGGUUCGAGCUUGGGCGUCGGUGGGGUUGGAUGCGGGCAUCGGUACCGACCAAACCGGUAAACGGUAUUGGCAGCGCAUCGAGGACGCCUACCUUAAGAUGAAGCCGAAGAGGAGUGGGUUCGCUUCUCGCUCAUUCCGGUCGCUUCAAGGCCGGUGGGACUUGAUGAAGCCGGCAUGUGCGCGUUGGAGUGCCGCCAUGGACCAAGUGAUGGAUGCGCCGCCGAGUGGCACCGUGGAGAGUGACUAUGAGAAGAUUGCCGGCUUGAGGUACAAGGAGAUGGCCGGCUCCAAGGGCAAAGAAUUCCCAUUCAAGCAUGUUUGGUCAAUUCUUCAGACAUAUGACAAGUGGAAGUUGAGAGAUGAUGAAACCGCACCGAAGAAGUCCGCAAUGCUUGACAUGGAUGAUCCGGAUGUUGAGGAGAGGAACUUGAACAAGCCCGAGGGAACCAAGAAGGCCAAGCUUAGGGUGAAGAUGGAAGGAGAGGCGGCUAGCCUAAGGGAGAAGAUGGAUCAUAUGAUGAAGGCAAGAGAGGCUUUGGCAACCAAGACGUUGGAGACAAAGCUUCUCAUCACCGAGCAAAAGAAGGUGGUCAAGCUUGCACACAUUGAAGCAAAGCGUGAGGAGGCAGCCCGCAAGGCCGACUUGGAGGAGAGGAUGCUCAAGGUGAAAGAAGCAAAGGUAUGGAAAGAACUCAUGGUGGAAGAGAAGGAGCACAUGAUGAUGUGCAAGAAAGACAUGGAUGAAGAGCAAUUGCAAUGGUGGAAGGAGUACAAGGAGGACAUCGCCGAGAGGAAGAGGAUGUUCCGAGGGUCCUCCUCUACCUUUGUAGUUGACACUACCAUGAGCGAUGGCGGUGUCGACAACUCGCAUGAUGGUGGGGUUUGAUGGUGGUGGAGUGGCCUAGCAUAUGGCACCGACGUGUAAUUUUUUGGUGAUGGUGCCAAGGAGAUGGG